ACAGAUCCCCCACCGCACCCAGCCGACCCGCUCCAGUUGCGCACACACGACGACAGCGAGAGGGGAAUUUUUCCAGCUAGGGUUUUAGGCAAACGAUGGGGUCGGCGAGCGACGAGACGGCGGCGGCGGCGGCUGCGGCCGCGGCGGUGGCGGAGGGCGGCCCCGCGGGGGAGGCCGGGCCGGACUCCAAGGACCUGCAGCAGCAGAGCAAGGCCCUGGACAAGCUCACCGACCACGUCGAGGACCGCCAGCUCGACUCCUCCCGCGUCCAGUCCGCCAUGGCAGCUCUUGCUUCAUCUAAAGAGGCCGACUGGAAUGCCAUGAGACUGAGCAACCAGCAACCAGCACGUACGGUCUGGGCACAAGCAGGGGAUGUGGAAGGUGGAGGUUGCUUGAGGACUAGCGCCAGAGCCUGGUCUUGCUGGCCACCGGAGGAGCUCCUACAUGAUCCCCGUUACCUCGCUCUAGCUAGGAAGAACAGGAGAACUGCUGGCGUGGCGAGAAUAACCAGCUCAAAACCUGUCAAAACAGGGCAAGUGCUAAUCCUGAACGUUCAUUGAACCAUAUCACAGUUGAGCGUUGUACACUGAACUUUGGGACAAGUUUACGGGGGUUAAAUUGGACUUCUCUCUUUCUGGUAUGUUAGGGUAUGUUUGGAUUGUGAGCAAAGUGUGUCUUACCAUUUUGUCAAUGUUUGGUUUGGAUAAGUUGCCAACAUUUCGGCAUGCCAAUGCUCCUCUGCAAAUUCUGCUUCAUCUUUCAAGCCAAUGUUGACCAGUUCGUGGGCAGGUCAAAAAACCAAACUGACGCAAAAUUGUGGGCAGGGAAAACCUGAACCUAAAUUGUGUCUAGCCAAAUUUUGGGGAGGGCAUAAACCCGUCCCACGCAUCAGUAUUUCUGUGAGACAUGUCAACUCCAAUAUGAAAUUGAAAAGAAGUACACUUAUUUCAGUUAUAAAUGGGUUGACCUCGUUCUCCUGAAAAUGUUGUUCACAACUCAUGGGACUGUUAUAACAAAAUCGGUGUUUUUUUGCUCUUUCACCAGGGAGAAAGAAUUAGCUGCUGUCAAAAUCAACCCUACUGAUGUUGAGAUUAUCGCCAACGAGCUUGAGGUG